AUGCAAAUCCUUGACUCGCUCAAGGUGGACUCAGCAGACAAACUGCAGGACGAGGAAUUUAUCAGAGGGCUGGACUCUGCAAAGGUGAUCUCGAAGCUUCUACUGUCGGUGUACACGCUUGAAGGCGAAGUGAGCAAGUUGAAAGACCAAGUUGGCGAAUAUGGGCGGUUGAACAAACUAUUGGACUUGGAGGAUGUUUCUUCGGCAGAAACGGGCAAGACCAAGCCGGAGCCCACUACGGUGCAAGGGAUAACGUUGGGUGAGGGAGGCAGCAGCGGAGUUGGGUCUGGAAAUGGCAGUUUUGCCCCCAAUGGGCGUAUUCCAGUGGGAUUCACGCCCAUGUACGGGUCGCCGGUCAUUUCAGGCGACCAGGUGGCACCAGGGGACUCAGAAGGCGAAGAGAGUGACACGGGGGCGUUACAGCAGCGGUUUGUGAGGCCGUGGCCAGAAGUCACGCUUAAUCAGCUGGCUUCAAGGUUCAAAAUCCCCCGUGAUCUGCUUUCUAAGACGGCCAAACGGCUCGGGGCGUCCAAGGAGCUGGAUGACAGCAACUUGAAGCCGAUCCGGGCGGCGGACAUUGAUGGGAGGGCCCGCCGUGGGGCCGUGGGCCGCCCCCGGAAGCACCCUGGCCGCCCUGGUAGGCCACACCGGGGGCCAGGCCGGCCUAGGAAGAGCCGCAGUCGGUCGCCCGCCGUGCAGCCCGGCCGGGGGGACCGCAGUGAGCUACGCGGGGUGCCCGGUGGAGAACCCCGUGGCGUUAAGCGGGAGCCCGGUGCACCCGCCACCGCGGACCGCGCCCCGGACUCAAAAAAGUCACGCCUGCCGUCCGUGUCCACCCUCAACUACUCCGUGACACGUGACCUGAAGUACAAGUGCGAUUCAUGCGGCGAAAUUUUUCAUAAUUAUAUGCAGCUCUACUGGCACAAACGCAGUGAACACCCGCACGAGCUCGUGGGAGAGGCCGCCGACGCGUCGGUCGCGUCGGCCAACGGGUCGAUCAGCGCGUCAUUCACUCCCGGUGCACCGUUUAGGUCGAGCAGCGACGCGUCGAUCGACGCGCGUCCGCAGCCCGUUUCCCGUGGCCGCCCCAUCGGCAUCUCCAUUGGCGGCGGAUCGCUCACGCCGUACUACAGUCGGAGUCCGGACGGCAGCUACUCGUGUUCACUAUGUAGGAGAAAGCCGUUUACGUCGUAUCACGGCAUAUAUGCCCAUUUGAGGUCGGUGCACUAUGAUGCGGAGACCGAUCGGUACUGGAAGGAUGGUCCAAGGCACAGUGAGGCUGAGAGGGGUGAUGAGAGUGAUAGAGAUGAAGGAGUGGCUGCAAGUGAUGGAAAUAUUGGAAAUGAUGGAAGUACUGCAAGUGAAGGAAAUAUUGGAAAUGAUGGAAGUACUACGAAUGAUGGAAAUAUUGAAAACGUUAGAAGUGUUAGAAAUGUUGGAAAUAUUGGAAAUGUUAGAAGUGUUGGAAAUGUUGGAAGUACUGCAAAUGAAGGAGGUGAUGGAAAUAGUGGAAGUACUGCAAAUGUUGAAGUUGAGGGUACUCCAAAUGCAGGUACUGCAAAUGUUGGAAGUGAUGCAAGUACUGCAGUCGCCACAACUGAAAGUACGCAAGGUACUGGAAGUAAUGGAAAUAUUGGAAGGGCUGCAAUUACUAAUGGUACUGUAAAUGAUGAAAUAAAGGGUACUACAAAUACGGAAAUUAGGGAUACUACAAAUACGGAAGUUAGGGAUACUACAAAUACGGAAGUUAAGGGUACUGAACCUCCAAGUCAAAACGAACAUCAUGCAAACUCUCAUACGGCAAAUAUUCAAGUUGCCGUAAAGCAUGAAACUGUUCGGGAUAUUCCUUUGGAAGACAUUCAUACCCUAAAUACUCAUCCUGGCUCUCACCCACCAAGUCAUCCCUCGCAAAACUCCAAUGCUAACUCAUUCUCUUCCUUCUCGGGUGUACUAAACCCCGAUACCUCCAAAAUUUCACAAUCAGCACCUCAGCAAACCCAGAACUUGCCGGCCAACACACCCCACAUCAAUAAUGGCUCUGAUUCAACAUCUUUUCCCUCAUCCAUAACUGCAACCGCAGUCUCUGAUUCGCUCAGCUCGCCUCCUGAUGCCACAGCUGUCAAAUCUAGACUCCAGUCUGAUCUCAAAGAUGUCUUUAAGGCCUAG